CAUAAUUUAACUAUGCGUUUAGUUUUUUUUGAAAAUAAUAAAUCAUAAAGUAACUUUGGGACCUCUCGCAUGGCGUCGCUAGAUUCUCAGGUGUUGAUGGGGAUAGUUAGCCUGAUCUUUGUGACUAUGGUAAGCUCGGAAUCGCAUUGCCGGAAUUUUGAGUCGAUCAUCAGUUUCGGAGAUUCCAUUGCCGACACCGGAAACUUGCUCGGUCUCUCCGACCGUAACAAUCUUCCUUUGAGCGCGUUUCCACCGUAUGGAGAGACUUUCUUCCACCACCCAACCGGUCGUUUCUCUGAUGGCCGCCUCAUCAUUGACUUCAUCGCUGAAUUUUUGGGGCUUCCUUAUGUACCUCCUUACUUCGGAUCCAAAAAUGAAAAUUUUGAGAAAGGAGUAAAUUUUGCGGUAGCCUCAGCGACGGCAUUGGAUAGUUCAUUUCUAGAGGAGAGAGGAUACCAUUGUCCUCACAACAUCAGUUUAGGAGUUCAGCUUAAGAUCUUCAAGGAGAGUUUACCAAACAUAUGUGGCUUACCAUCAGAUUGUAGAGAUAUGAUUGGAAAUGCUUUGAUUCUCAUGGGAGAGAUUGGAGCAAAUGAUUAUAAUUUCCCAUUCUUCCAAGGCAGACCCUUUGACGAGGUCAAACAGCUAGUUCCAUUGGUGAUUAGUACUAUUUCUUCUGCCAUUACGGAGUUGAUUGGUAUGGGGGGAAAAACAUUUCUAGUGCCGGGAGGGUUCCCUAUUGGAUGCUCAGUAUCAUAUUUGACAUUAUAUCAAACUUCAAAUAUGGAAGAAUACGAUACUUCAACAGGAUGUUUAAAAUGGCUGAACAAGUUAGGAGAAUACCACAGUGAGCAGCUUCAAGCAGAGCUCAAGAGACUCAGGAAGCUAAACCCUCAUGUGAACAUCAUAUAUGCUGACUACUACAAUGCUUCCUUGAGCCUUGGCCAAGAACCAAACAAAUACAGAUUCAUAAACGGAACCUUGUCCGCUUGUUGCGGUGUGGGAAGACCGUACAACUUCAACUUCAGUAAAAGUUGUGGAAGUGUAGGAGUGGAAUCUUGUGACGAUCCUUCAAAGUACGUAGCAUGGGAUGGUAUUCAUAUGACCGAGGCUGCAUAUAAAUUGAUGGCUGAUGGAUUACUCAAAGGACCAUAUGCGACUCCUCCUUUCAAUUGGUCAUGCCUCAGCUCCAAAAUUAAGAACAAGAAGUCAUUAGAAAACACAAUAUUAUUUGAUGAAUAGUUGACGCAAGUUUUUCUCAAAUUUUAAGUUUUCUCUGCAUUUUUUGAUAUAUUAAUGAUGAAUCGUAAAUUGCAAGAAAAAGUAAUUUAUUUA